UGCACCUCAAAUCCGACAUUAAUCAAGAGAAGAAGAAAAAAAAAAAAAAGUGCUGGUCACGUGAUCUCUAAGAGGGCGGGGCUAAUGUUCUCUCGAAGAGUUCUUGCUCGAAAAACAUGGACCAAAAGAUUCCAUACGAUGACUAUCAACUGCCAGUAGUGUUUCUUCCAUCCUAUGAGAGCCCCCCUGCAUGGAUCCCUCCACAAGAGAGGAUACAUCACCCCGACUAUAACAAUGAGCUCACUCAUUUCCUACCUCGCACUAUAGUCUUAAAAAAGCCCCCUGGAGCACAACUGGGCUUCAAUAUCCGUGGAGGAAAAGCCUCGCAGCUUGGUAUAUUUAUUUCAAAGGUGGUCCCAGAUUCAGAUGCCCACAGGGCAGGACUACAAGAGGGUGAUCAGGUGCUUUCUGUCAAUGAUGUGGACUUUCAAGAUAUUGAGCAUUCAAGGGCUGUGGAGAUUUUAAAGACGGCAAGAGAGAUUUUGAUGAAGGUCCGAUACUUCCCUUAUAACUACCAGCGACAGAAGGAGAGGACUGUACACUAGGUGGCAGAACUGACCAUCACGACUGAAGCAGCUGAUGAGGCGUCGGUGUGUCAGCGAAACUUUCAUCUUCUCUGCAUCAUCUUCCUCCUACUAACGAUGGUCUCGGACUAAAAUACUGCUCAAAGAAAUCAUCUUCAAACACUUCAGAACAUGCCUGAUGAUUCAAAGCUUCUUCACCCAUAUUGGAGGUUUUCAGGCAUCUGUUUUUUGAGCUGUGCAAGUUUUGAAUGCAGCUGGUAAUAUUUCCAGAUUCUUUCCUCCCUGUCUUUUCUCUCAUCCCAUUCCUCUGGGAAAAUAAGCAUAUUUUAUGGGAUAUAUCAUGCAUAUAAAAAGAAAACAUGGUAGAAGUGUUAUUUAUUGAAUGAAAUAACUAUAUACUGUUAUAGGACAAAGGGUACAUGAAUAAAUUAUGAUCUGCUAUUAUGAUAUCUUCACUUAGAGGCAUUAGUUGAAUGACACUAAUAUUAAUGUCUAAUAUAUCAAAUUCUUUAUUUUAUCAACUUUUUCUUUUUUUUUGUGAUUACAUUUCAAUUGUGCUUUAUGAUUCAAAGCACUUAUUUGUUUAAUAAUCGAAUCAACUGAUGUCCUGCUGAUAAACACAUUGCUACUGACUAAUUGUCAUUAAAUCAGUAUGCUCAUGCAAAAAGUGCUGUUCAUGUGCAAAUACUUGAGCUCAUUUUUUUAAAUAAACAUGUAUGGAGAAAAA